AUGGCCACCCUCAGCACCGCAACGUGGAUAGCCUCACUCACAUAUGACGACCUCCCCCAAGGCGUAGUAGAAGCAGCCGUACGCUCUUUCUACAACUGGGUCGGCUGCGCCAUCGGCGGAAGCUCGCAUCCGACGACACUAACCGCAUACAAAGCCCUAUCGCCCUUUUUCGGGAAAGAAACUUACUCGCUGCUAGGAUUCGAUCGUCGGAUAGAUGCGCAGCACGCUGCUCUCAUCAACGGCAUUGCGUCGCAUGUUCAUGAUUAUGAUGAUACCCAUCUCGAGACCAUUGUCCACCCGACUGGGUGCGUUGCAUCAGCGCUGCUGAGCUUCGCGGAGACGCUGCAGCGCCCAAUCACGGGGAAAGAAUUCAUCACCGCGUUGGUCGCCGGCAUCGAGGUCGAGUGCAAAGUCGCCUUGGCUGUGUACCCAGAGCACUAUGAUAUCGGAUGGCACAUCACAAGCACAACAGGCUCCAUCGGCGCCGCCGCGGCCAUCGCAAAACUCCUCACCCUCCCAACGGACAAAACAGCCCACGCCAUCGGCAUCGCCGCAACGCAAGUCACAGGCCUCCGCGAGAUGUUUGGCUCAGACACGAAAUCCUUCCACGUCGGGCGCGCCGCUCAAAAUGGGCUGCUUGCUGCGGUCCUAGCUGCUGAAGGGUUCACGAGUUCGCCCAAGGCGCUGGAAGCUGGUCGGGGGUGGGCCAAGGUCGUUAGUACAAAGGAAACAUUGAAUGAGCUUAUUCAUAGCCUUGGGCAAGAAGAACAAAAGUGGGAGAUUGAGAAGAAUUCGUUCAAGCCUUAUCCGUGCGGGAUCGUUGUUCAUCCGGUCAUCACGGGCGCGGUAUGGCUGCAUCAAGAAUUGAAGAGACGAGGGAUAUCCGUGGAGGAGGUUACGAGUGUCGACGUCGCUGUUCAUCCUCUCGUACUUGAGCUCACGGGUAAGAAAACACCAAAGGACGGGCUAGAGGCCAAGUUCAGCGUUUAUCAUGGCGGCGCGGUCGGGCUGCUAUUCGGGAGGGCGACUGUGGUGGAAUAUGAGGACGCGCUUGUCACCAGCGCUCCCGUUGUCAGCUUGAGGGACCGGUUUCUCGCCACUGUUGAUGAGUCUAUGAGGGCCGAUGCGUGCCAUUUGGUGGUCAGAUUGCGCGGUAGGGAAGAACCAAUCGAGAAGCACGUCGAUCAUGCCCUCGGGAGCGUGGAGGUGCCCAUGUCUGAUGACCAGCUGACGGAGAAGUUCAUCACACAAGCGGCGCUACAGGUCGGUUCUGAAAAGGCGAACAAGGCGAGCGAGUGGUGUUGGGUUGUGGUUGAGUCAGAGGAUAUGAAAGAGCUUGGAGGUAUUGUUUAG